UGCGGGAUUGUUCUUCAAAGUGUGGCUAGAUUUGCAGCUGGCUGGGGCUGCGCGGUCGUUUGUGUGUGUUUGGGUGGAUUCUCUGAACACUGUAAGUUGCUUGGAGGUCAUGUUCUCUCCCCAUUCUACAGAAAUGAAAAAGGGAUAACAGCUUGUUGAAUGGUGACCGUGGCUUGUGUUCGAUCAGCACUAACUAAAGAACAAUGCAUCUACCAGUCCUACUCACUGCAUCCCAGACCUUUCUGCUGUUGGUAUCCCUGGGUCUGUCUCGAGAGUUUGACUGGACAAAAGACCAUGGAGGAUCUUUCUACUAUGGGACUUUCCCUCCUGGUUUCUCCUGGGGAGUGGGAAGCUCUGCUUACCAGACCGAAGGGGCUUGGGAUCAAGAUGGGAAAGGACUCAGUAUCUGGGAUGUUUUCACCCGAAUGAAAGGAAAAGUGCACUUGAAUGAAACAGGAGAUUCAUCCUGUGAAAGCUAUUAUAGAUUCAAGGAGGAUAUUGCUCUACUGAAGGAGCUUAAAGUCAAUCACUAUCGUUUCUCUAUCUCCUGGCCUCGAAUUCUACCAACUGGGAUUAAAGCUGAGCGAAUCAAUGACAAAGGAAUCAUGCAUUAUAACGAGCUAAUUAAUACCCUCCUGGAGAGCAACAUCCAACCGGUGGUCACCCUGUACCAUGGGGAUCUUCCUCAGGUGCUGCAAGAUAGAUUUGGAGGCUGGCAGAAUAACAGUCUGAUUGACUUUUUCAAUGAUUAUGCCAGCUUAUGUUUUGAGAAGUUUGGAGAUCGGGUGAAACACUGGAUUACUUUCAAUAACCCUUGGUCCACAGCUGUGGAAGGAUAUGAAUUGGGACAACAUGCACCAGGAGUGAAACUGAAAGGAAUAGGAGCGUACCGAGCAGGUCAUAACAUCAUUAAAGCUCAUGCAAAGGCUUGGCACACGUACGACAAACUUUGGCGCAAUCACCAAAAAGGAUUGGUGGGUAUUUCUAUCACAAGUGAAUGGGGAGAGCCGGUCGACAUUACAAAUCAAAAGGAUGUUGAGGCUGCUGAGCGAUACAUCCAGUUUAAGCUAGGCUGGUUUGCCAACCCUAUUUUCAAUGGAGACUACCCUCAAGUUAUGAAAGACUGCAUUGGGAGAAAGAGCUCACAGGAAAGUCUGAGCAACUCCAGGCUGCCAGCCUUUACUCCACAGGAGAAACACUUCAUCAAAGACACAUCAGACUUCUUCGGUCUGGGUCACUUCACAACCCGGUAUAUCACUCACAAGAGCUACCAUUACAGUAAAGGGCCAAGUUAUUAUACGGACCAGGACUUGGCAGAACUUGUUGACCCACAGUGGCCUGAUCCAGGUUCUGAGUGGCUGUACGCUGUACCUUGGGGAUUCAGGAGGAUUCUGAAUUAUAUCAAGAGUCGGUAUGGAAAUCCAAGGAUAUACGUGACAGAAAAUGGAGUAUCUGAAAAACACCAGUGCACUGAGCUGUGUGACAAGUGGCGAAUGCAGUACAUGAGUAAUUAUGUUAAUGAGAUUCUUAAAGCCAUUAAGGAUGGUGUUAAAGUCAAGGGAUACAUAUCCUGGUCACUGCUGGAUAAGUUUGAAUGGGAUGAAGGAUAUUCAGAAAGAUUUGGGUUAUAUUACAUCGAUUUUAAAAGCAAGAAUAAGAGGAGGUAUCCCAAAGCCUCAGUUCAGUACUACAAGAAAAUGAUCAGCUCAAAUGGAUUUCCAAACCAAAGAGAAAUUGAGAGUUGGAAACGCAAAGCUGCAGAGACUUGUUCCAUUACAAAUGCACUGCUUGCUGCAGAUCCUCUUGUCAAUCAUAUGGAGAUGGUAACGGAAAUUGUUGUCCCGACUGUUUUUACUCUUUGCAUACUGCUGAGUGCUAUAUUACUGAUGUUCCUACUCCGGACGCAGUGAAAACUCCAGUGUGCUGUUACAACAGGAUAAUGCCAGAUGUACAAAGACAAAAAUACGUGUCUAACUCCUUCAGCAAGUUUAAAUUACAACAGUCUUUAAUACUUCUCCACAGUCACCUCCAAAGAGUUUGAUACCUUCGUUAUUAAUGAAUAAAAUGAUCUAUCUUUGGGUCAGUAAAACUGCACUAUUAUCAAACUCAAACCACAUACUCCAAUUAGGAUUCCACAGAUGAGGUAAAGGUGCUUACAACAUGCUAGAGAGAUUCCAUUCUGACUCUUCCUUCCCUAAUCACACAAUACCCGAGCAAAGUUUGUAUGAUCAAUGUUUCGCCACAGAUUGACGACAUCAAAUAUUAGAAGCAAAUAAUAUGUCUCCUAAUAACACAGUAGGUUCCUGCAGAAGAGCCAUUUCAUCAGUAGAAAUAUUACAGUAACCUACUUUAAAAAAUAAAACAGGUACAUACUGACAAUAGCAACAAUAAAACCCUUGGCCUGAGAGAUGAUGGAAAGGUAUGAACUGGGAAUCAGUCAAUCCAUCAGAACAUUAUUUUUAAAUCCAUAACAAGUAGAAAUGCAGAAGCUACAUAAUUGAACCAACAUUUACACCAAACUGCAGCAGUUCUCAAGUGGAACUAGCACUUUUUAUUGGUGAAUCAUAAAUAACUAUUAUAAACUUGUUUCUUACUUUUGAGAAAUGUGUAGCACAGGUUGAGGUUCAGGUGGUAUGUUUGCUCACUAUGCUGGUAGGUUUGUUCUCAGGCGAUUUGUCACCACGCUAGGUAACAACAUCAGUAAGCUGGUGUUCUGUUCUACUUGCUACUUAUGUGUCUUGCUCUGUUAAGGUGGGUGAUUUCAUUUCCAGUUCUCUUUCUCAGAGGUUGGUA